AUGAACUGGGUGAAAUGUAACAAUGAAGGUGCGUGGAACAAGGAUAGAGAAACCAGUGGUCUCGGGUGGUUAUGUAGAGACGAGAACGGGAGGCUGUUGUGGGCUGGAGCUCGAGCUGUAACAAAAGCGGGAUCACCUCUACUAGCGGAGGCGGAAGCAGUGAAGUGGGAAGCAGAGUGCUUGGCAAGUUUUGGCUACAAGAAUGUGAUUUUUGAAUCUGAUUCUGCUUCUUUGGUUAGCAUGAUCAAUGGAACAGAGAAACUGUUGCCAAUCUUACUGCUAACAAUUGAGGUGAUUCGACAGUGCUUGUUACAGAUUGGAAGCUUUGUACUGAGAUAUCAUGCUAGAGGUGGAAAUAAGGCAGCGGACAAGAUAGCGAAGGAAUCAAUCACUUUUGUGUCUAGUAUUCUUAAGUUGUAUUCUAUUGUGCCAAUAUGGCUGAAGUAUCAGGUUGAGUCUGAAUAA